CGCGCGUGCACGCGGAGGAGGCGCGCCUCCUCCAUCUGAAUCUCGGUACAGCCGCUCCUGAUCUCCUCCUCAUCCUCAGCACCGUCUCCUACACCACACCAUAACCAUGGCGCAGAUCUGUAAAGCUGACGGCUCGUGAGCUGUAUUUAAGCCCAAACCUGCUGCGGGAGUAAGGGCAGAGAGGGAGGAGAGCAUCACCGCUGCUGGCAGCCAUGCCACUGGUGAAGCGGAGCAUUGAGCCCCGGCACCUGUGUCGGGGAGCGCUGCCUGAAGGUGUGACCAGUGAGCUGGAGUGUGUGACCAACAGCACUCUCGCUGCCAUAAUCAAACAGCUGGGCGGACUCAGUAGACAUGCAGAGGACAUCUUCGGAGAGCUGUUUAAUGAAGCUAACAGCUUCUACAUGCGUAUGAACAGCCUGCAGGAGAAGGUGGAUCUUCUGGCAGUGAAGGUCACGCAGCUCGACUCCACAGUUGAAGAAGUGUCUCUGCAGGAUAUCAACAUGAGGAAGGCAUUCAAGAGCUCCACCAUCCAGGACCAACAGGUGGUCUCCAGGAACUCCAUCCUCAACUCAGUGAUGGAGAUGUACCAGCGCUGUGACAAGCCUCCUCCUCUCAACAUCCUCACUCCGUACAGAGACGACAAGAAGGAUGGCCUCAAGUUUUAUACUGAUCCCUCCUACUUCUUUAACCUCUGGAAGGAGAAAAUGCUGCAGGCCACAGAGAACAAGAGAAAGGAAAAGAGAAGGCAGAAGCAAGAGCAGAAACACCUUGAAGAUCCGACUCGUGAAGUGAAGAAGGUACGGAAGGCUCGAAACCGACGGCAGGAGUGGAACAUGAUGGCUUACGACAAGGAGUUCCGUCCAGACACUCGCCUCACGCCAUCUCCGUACCACGGCAUCUCGUCUGAAGGCUCCUUAUCUCCGGACAGGUCUGGAAUGUCGGAUGAACACUCAUACCCCACCAGCCCCAGCCAUCCUCAGGAUGCAGGUGGCGCAGGAGGUGAUGGGAAGGAGAUCGGCCCCACCCAGACUCAGUCACUGGACCGUGCAUAUCGACCCCCUGCCUCCGCUUCUGCCAGCACACGUCAGCACUCUUUGGGCCGUGUGCAGCAGCAUCAUGGAGCCCCACCCCUUGACCCCUCCCUUAAUGGCCCCCGACCUUCUGCUGCCAAAGAUUACAGUGGCCAUCAGAUGCAGGAACAUUUUAUUCCUCCUGCUCCUCCUCCUCCUCCCCCAAUAAUCCCCUCGGCUCAGACAGCCUUCGACAGCACCACUGUACCUCCGGCUCUGGCCCCGGGGACGGUGUCAGCUCUGUCCCGCUCCUACAGCCCGUCUCCUCCACCUGCACCACCCUCAGCUUACGUCUCGUCUCCUUCCCACCCUGUGAGCGGUGGAGGUCCUCCAGUUGCCCCGCCCCCUCCACCUCCAGGCCCCCCCACACACGCUCCAUCCCCUGCCAGAGCUGCUGCUCAUCCAUCCGGAGAGGGCACAUUGCCCAGGAAGGGCACAGUGCCCCUGAUACCCAUAAGCGACGCUCGCAGCGACCUGCUGGCUGCCAUCCGCAGAGGUAUCCAGCUGCGUAAAGUCCAGGAACAGAGAGAGCAGGAAGCAAAGAAGGAGCCGGUGGGUAACGACGUGGCCACCAUUUUGUCUCGCCGCAUCGCUGUGGAGUACAGCGAAUCAGAUGAGGACUCGGAGCCGGAGGAGAACGAAUGGUCUGACUGAGGAGACAAACUGAUCCAUCACGCGCUGUACACACCGCUGCUAUGUUCCUGCACCAGAACACACACUCUCGUCAUACAGACAGACAGACAGACAGAUUUAUUAUCAACUGUACAAAAAAAGAGCAGGAAAAAGCGCAGUGGAGAUAAAGCAGGACUGAGUGACAGAAAGAAGGGAGCGUGCAAUAGAACGGAGGUGUGGAAAGGCAGAGGGAAGGUGAGGAUGGAAGGAAUGAGAGGGAUAAAAGAAAUAGAAAAUAGAAGUUGGUAACGUUUACAUCGUAUGUAAACACAGAAAUCUAUCAUACAGUGUAAACUUCAUAAUACAAUAUACUGUAUGUUUGUUCCGUCAAAGUUGCCAAGAAAUUCUUUACCUGUCGUGUGCUUUUGAUUCAGGUUUUUUUGAUAUUUGUCCAGAGAAUUAUUAUAAAGGUGUAACACAUUUCUUCACCAAAACAUCCAUUUAGCAGUGAUACAUAUUGUAUACUGUAUAUAAACACACCUGUAUUAGCUUUAUAAAAAAGAUAAGAAGCAUGAUAGAGCACUGCUUCCACUGCGAAUCUCUCCAGGAGUCUCUGUGUCUGCGUAUGUGAUCCUAUCAGUAUAUUUAUAUUAUUAUUAUUAUUAUUAAUUAUUAUUAUUAUUAUUAUUAUUAUUAUUAUUAUUAUUAUUAUAACAGAUGCUCAGCAGUCACCUAUGGUGAGAUCCACCGCUGCUCGAUGACAUGUUCCACAACUCAGUCAUCAGAUAUUUCAUUGGUCACUUUGUUUACUUGUUGACAGUGUUGUGGUGAGUAUUGAUGCUAACUUAGUGACUUGUUAAACCUUUUAAUGGAUGAUUAUGGACAUUUUGAACCGGAAAACCCUUGUUUUUAUUUUCUUUCAGUGAUAUUAAUGAUUAAAGAUGGUGUUAAGUUAUGGAUUGUGUAUAGAGAAGACUGAGGAAGUGUGUGUGUGUGUGUGUGUCUUGGAAGAGAGUGAGUUAUUAAAGUCUAAAGUAUAUGUGAUAUCUGUUCCAAAGCGCCAGAUGUUAGAUGUAUACAUUACUAAAUAAUCCUGCAGCUGGACUAGGCUGAUGCUGUCGUGAUCCGUCUUUACCAGAUGUAAUUUAUAACUACAUUAUUAAUGUGUUUUACAAUUUAUUGUAUAGAUUUUUUGUAACACUGCUUGUAAGAUGAAUUUGGGUAUCUAAGUAUAAAAUGUUAUAUUUAUCACAUACAACAAAUACAGAUCAUAUGCAUGUGUGCGUAAUUAAUAAAACAGAGCAAAUGAUGUUA